CGGAAGCGGCUCCUGCUCCCCCUGCUUCCGGAGCAGCUGCAGGACCUGGCUUCGCCGGUAGCAGGAGGCGGCCAUUUUCUCUGCGGACGUUCAGCGCUUCGGGGCGGGAGGAGGAUGUUUUCCCUGUCUACCAGCGUGCAGCCCCAGGUUACUGUUCCUCUGAGUCACCUCAUCAAUGCUUUCCAUUCACCCAAAAGCUCAGUUACUUCUGCCAGCACAGCAGCUAUUCACUCUCUACAAAAGGAUACAGCCCCUGAACAUGAUGCCCAGAGUAGUAAGCCUGUUGUUAAUCUGAGAGAUAUGGGCCUGUCUGAUCUGAAAGUUAAUGAGCUCAGUGAACUAAGGAACAGGUUGCUUCCUGGCCUUUAUGAAGAAAACAAAACUUCAUCCCAAUGGCAUGUGUCUUAUGUCUCUGCACAGUCCUUCUUUGAAAAUAAACAUGGUUUCACAGAUAUUUUUAGUACUUUGCGCUCCUCUUACUUGCACAGACAGCCAUCUAGACCCCUCCAAAGAUUGUGUUCAGAUCUUCGGCACUGGCCAGUUUUCAUACAGUCUCGGGGCUUUAAGACUUUGAAAUCAAGAGCAAGACGUCUACAGUCAACAUCUGAACAACCAUUAAAAGAAUCACAAGAUGUAGUCCCUUCAUUUCUAAAGAAUCUGCUUUCUAGAGACCCAGAACCUGAAGUGGAAAGAUUAGAUAAGCUAAUGAAAUCACUAAACAUACCGGAGGCUCAUCAGGAUGCUUUUAAAACUGGUUUUGCUGAGGGCUUUUUGAGACUGCAAGUGCUCUCACAACCAAUUAGUGAUUCCUUAAGACGAGCACGAUUAUAUCUUUUUUUUUUUUGGGUGCUGCUUGUUACUUACACUGUCUUCAAAUCCCCAUUUUUAUCUGGUAAAGGCUCCUUUUCUGAUACUGUCGUAGGCUUUCGGACAACAUCGGGACUUGAUACAGCAAUUGAUCCAAGUCAAGUGAAAAAUGUCACCUUUGAACAUGUAAAAGGGGUGGACGAAGCCAAACAAGAGUUGCAGGAAGUUGUGGAAUUCUUGAAAAAUCCACAGAAAUUUACUGUAUUAGGAGGUAAACUUCCAAAAGGUAUUCUUUUAGUUGGCCCACCUGGUACAGGCAAGACUCUUCUUGCCCGAGCUGUGGCUGGUGAAGCUAAUGUUCCAUUCUAUUAUGCUUCUGGGUCGGAGUUUGAUGAGAUGUUUGUUGGUAUAGGAGCUGGUCGUAUCCGAAGUCUGUUUAAGGAGGCAAAAGGAAAUGCACCUUGUGUUAUAUUUAUUGAUGAGUUGGAUUCUGUUGGUGGAAAGAGAACUGAAUCUGCAAUGCAUCCCUACUCCAGGCAGACCAUAAAUCAGCUUCUUGCUGAAAUGGAUGGCUUUAAACCUAAUGAAGGCGUUAUUAUCAUUGGAGCAACAAACUUCGCAGAAGCAUUAGAUAAUGCCUUAAUACGUCCUGGCCGCUUUGACAUGCAAGUUACAGUCCCCAGGCCAGAUGUAAGAGGUAGAACAGAAAUCCUGAAAUGGUACCUUAGCAAAAUAAAGUAUGAUCAGUCUAUUGAUCCAGAAAUAAUUGCACGAGGUACUGUUGGAUUUACAGGAGCUGAGCUUGAAAAUCUUGUCAACCAAGCUGCAUUAAAGGCAGCUAUUGAUGGGAAAGAUAUGGUAACCAUGAAGGAACUAGAAUUCUCAAAAGACAAAAUUCUCAUGGGACCUGAACGUAAAAGUGUGAAAAUUGACGACAGAAACAAAACAAUCACAGCAUAUCAUGAAUCGGGUCAUGCUAUUGUUGCAUACUAUACCAAAGAUGCAAUGCCAAUCAACAAAGCUACAAUCAUGGCACGAGGACCAACUCUGGGACAUGUGUCUUUACUACCAGAUCAUGAUGGAUGGAGUGAAACUAAAUCCCAACUGCUUGCACAGAUGGAUGUUAGUAUGGGAGGGAGGGUAGCAGAAGAACUCAUAUUUGGAAGUGACCACAUCACAACAGGUGCUUCUAGUGACUUUGACAACGCUACUAAAAUAGCACACAUGAUGGUGACUAGAUUUGGAAUGAGUGAGAAGCUUGGUGUCAUGACCUACACUGAUGCAAGGAGACUUAGUCCAGAAACCCAGUCUGCAGUUGAAGAGGAAGUAAGAACACUUUUAAGAGAUUCAUAUGAACGGGCAAAGAACAUCCUGAAGACGCAUGCAAAAGAGCACAAGAAUUUAGCAGAAGCCUUAUUGACAUAUGAGACUUUGGAUGCCAGAGAAAUCCAUGUGGUUCUAGAGGGGAAAAAACUAAAAUGAGAUGACAACUUCUUCAAAACUGAUACUUCGAAAAAUGAACCUCUAAGAAUGCCGUAGUCUCCUUAUGCGGCGUAGCUUUUUUGUUUCUGAUGUGUGUAUUGUAUUAAUGACAUUUUCUUAAGGUUAUUAAACAUUGUCUUUCAGCUUUUUGGUUACAGUUACUUAAUUUUUAUUGUCUCAGAAUGAGACAGGAGGAAUAAAACAAGUUCCCACUGGAAGAAAAGGUCAGAAAUAUAAAAUCUCAGGGUGAAUCCUGCUUGUUGGAAACCUCAAACAAAUAUUAAAGAUUAAAAAAGGGAGGGAGGGAGAAUACUGUCCAAAAUGCAUUUUUAUUAUUAUUAUUAUGCUGCUAUAUGUAGAUCUGAAGUGGUGACAUCUUAAUAUGUACAGCAUGAAGUUUUUCAUAAUGUGAGCUCAUAAGUGCUAAAAGAGUUAUCCAUGUAAAAUAAUAGUAACCUUAAUCAGAGUAAUGACAUUUUUACAUUCACUAACAGCAAAGUGCAGUUUUAAAAAGCCACUGCCUUUGUUUCUGAGGGACAGUAAAACAAUAUGUAAAGGGGAUACAUCAUGCAUUUAUACUACAAGGAAUUGUGAGGGCUCCAAAACAGAUGAUAAGCUGUUAGCAGUUGUACUUCCACUGCUCUUAAAAUUUUAACAUAUACCUACACAUGGCUAGUCAAAAGAAAAAAGAAAUUGGCUCUGUUUGUGGGCAAAACAUGCCUGUCUAAAACUUUUAGACCAUGUAAAAAGUACCAUUCAUCCUAACAAAAUUCUGCCAGGGCUAGGAAAAUACUGUUCUAUGACAUCUGAUAUGCUGCUGACAAGAAUUGCUAAUGUUUUAUUAAUGUCUUAGUUGGUAUGAUUUGUUGGCAGUGCUUUUAUGUUGUUGGGUAUACAACUGCAUUGGUUUUUACGACUAUUGUGUAUGGCCUUUGAUAAUCCAGUGAAGGAUUUCUUCAAAAAGGACAGUUAUUACUCGGCAAAAAGUGGUUGUCCAGAGAGUGCUUCAAGUGAUUUCUUCCUUUCAACAUUCCCUGUUACUUUAAUAAAAGUAAGGAAAGUCCAGUUGUUUUAUUUUUAACUCGUGCACUUUCAUGAAAAUCCUAGAACCAUAAGAAGUCUGCAAGCAACCAUUAGUUAGAACUAAGUUACAAUAAAGUGAAAAUGGUUGCUAGCUGCAUUAAACAACAAUCUCAUUUCUCCCAGUUCUAAUGAACACUAAUGUCAGUUUUCCUAAAAAAAAAUAAAAAUCAAAUGCAGAAAAUUUUUACCAUCCCCUUUUUCUAUUUGUAAAGACAUGGCCUUCAUUAGAGUAUUAAUAGUAAAGGUGAAGGUAGUUUGUGUUAAUAAAUGUGAAAACUGGUAACGAAAUCUAACCUAGAAUUAACACAGGGUUUUAAGAUCUUUUUUGACAAUAUAACAGCUAUAGCACAAUUUUUUUUUUUAUGGGUUGAGAAUACAUUUUCCUUUUUUUUCCCAAGCUAAUGCUAGAGUACAAUUCAUUUCUUGUUUGCUAUGUUGUUUUUCAUUCAGUCACUUUUAAUACCAUGAUAUCCCAGUGCAACGUGGAAGAAUUUCAAAAUACUGCAAAACAGUACACCAAGCUAUGAGGUUGGCUAAUUACAAACUUUUUUGUAUUUCAGAAACAUGCCUUCAAAAACAUACAAAUACAGCAUAUUUGGCUUUUAUUUUUGGAAUAAUAAAAUGUUUGUUUUAAUCCUGCACAUUGUUUUUUCACCAUAAAUUGCUACAAAAUGUAAUACUGGGUUCCUUUUCUGUAAAUUGAGGUGUAUAAAACAUUUAAGCUUGUAAAUAAAUGUAAGCAUUAUGUCAAACUUGUACUUUCUUUGAUUAGACUUCUAGAAUUGUGUGGGGGGGGUGUUCCUUAGGAUUCUGAAAAUACUUUCUUCAAUUCCUGCUUUGUUGGACUUAAUAUGGAACUUUCUUACUGCAAACAAAUGUGAAUUAUAUUUAAAAACAGAAAAAAACCCUUGCCGUUUUCUAAGUCAAUAAAAUCUAUAUUAUAUUA